AUGGUUGUGGGGACCUUCUGGAUUAUGGGCACUUGGUGGGGCGUUCUCCUCCUCUGCCCGCGGGGCCAGGGGCUGGAUCCCUCUCCGUCCGUGCGCUGCGGCCCCGGCCAGACCCUGCACCACGACGACAGCGUCUGGCGCUGCUGCAGCAGCCAGUGUAACUCGAGUACCAAGGCAUGCCCACCUCACCAGCUGAAGGACUGCACCUGCGCCAUCCCUGGAGAGUACUGCACUAAGUCUGAAUGUAAAGACUGCAAGAAGCACCCAUGCUCUCCUGGCCAACAGGUCCAUAUCAGAGGUUUCUUCAGUUCCUACAGCGUCCCCAUGGCCAUCCUCACAGGCUUAACUAUUGUUAUCACCCUGAUUGUCUUUGUCCACCUGGUCCUCCACAUCUGGCCGGUGAAAGGGGAGCCCUCCACCAAAGACAGAGAACCCAUCUUGCCCCUGGGGCCCGGGCCCCCUGAUGAUAUCGGCAACUGCCCUUUCCCAGAGGAGGAAUGGGGGGAGAAGACGGCAGAGGACAAGGUCCAGAUGGGUCAUCCAUGGGUAUGA